UCGCAGCUUCCGGGGUACAACCUCGGCAAGGUGGUCGGCGAGGGCGGGUUCUGUAAGGUUCGGCUCGGGGUGCACCAGGUGACGGGGGCGAAGACGGCGGUGAAGCUCGUGGACAAGGCGAAACUCACGGAGGAAAACGACAGGCGAAGGGUGGGACGCGAGAUCCGAGUGCUCAAGCGGCUGGCGCACGAGCACGUCAUCAGGUUGUUCGACGUCGUGGAUUCUCCCAAGAUUGUCUACGUCGUCAUGGAGUACGCCGACGGCGGCUCUCUGCUCGAUUACGUCAGGAGGCGUAAAAAGCUGCCCGAACCAGAGGCGGCGCGUUUUUUCCACCAGAUGUGCCGCGGGCUGGACUACUGCCACGGCGUCGGGGUGGUGCACCGGGACGUCAAGCUGGAGAACGUGCUCCUGGACGCUGGGGAGAACGUCAAGCUCAUCGAUUUCGGUUUGAGCGCGGUUCUCGCCGGCGACGGCAAAAAGCUAAAGGUGCACUGCGGGUCCCCUUCGUACGCGGCGCCGGAGAUUGUCGCCAGGAGGGCGUACGACGGUCCACCGGUCGACGUGUGGUCCAGCGGCGUGGUGCUCUUCGCCAUGGUGGCCGGGUACCUGCCCUUCCACGCGCACGGCGGGAACAAGCAGGAGCUCUGCGCCAAGAUUCAGCGCGGCGCCUUUACCGUUCCCGACGCCGCCACCGAAGAUUUCCGAGCGUUGAUCAAGAGCGUCCUCAAGGUGGAUCCCGUUCGCCGCGCGACGCUGCGACAGUGCCUGGACUCGCCGUGGAUCCGCGCGCACGUGCGGAGCAGGGACCACGACGCGGGUAAGGCGGCGCCGGCGCACUACCCAGCCGCCGUCUCCGGCGCCGACCUCGACUCGGCCAGGGUCGAGUCGCUCACCGACGCUGGCCUCGACAGGCGGAGGCUGGUGGAGCACCUUCGAGCCGCGGACCACAACUACUACACCGCGGCGUACCACCUGCUG